AUCCAGAGAGGCGGCCGAGAGGAACAGGGGACCCCAGUCGGUUUCUCGCUAUCAUUUUUUAAUAUCACCCUUAUUGUCGACAAGUUUUACAACUAUUUACCCCAAAGAGAGGGGAGUAAAAGUCAAGCUGCGGGUUUAAUUCCAGCCGGAUAUUUUGUUGUUUUCCGUGUUUUACUCACCACACAGAGGUCGUUCACUGAGCGCAACAACUGUUCCCGUGUGGAUUAUUCAGUGGACGUGUGUUGUUGAGGACAAAACACAGCUUUGCUACCACUAACAAAGACUUCAUUUGAAAGUUUGGACUGCUAUCAACGCACACUUCUCCGUGUCUUUUUAGGUAUGCCUGUGGACAUCAGUGCAGCCCCACACAGGUAACCAGGUGUGUUGCUGCUGUCAUGGCCUCGCCAACCCUGCAGCUGCUCCCUGUCGCUGUGGUCACUCUCCUGGUGGCGCUGGUGUCAUCUUCAGGGGAGCAUGAGUGGCAAUUUAACCCAGCUCAGUGCCGUUACGCCCUGGGGAUGGAGGAUGGCACCAUCCCAGACUCUGACAUCACCGCCUCCAGCGCCUGGUCUGACUCCACUGAGGCCAAACAUGGAAGGUUGAGUACUGGAGAGGGCGAUGGAGCCUGGUGUCCUGCAGGAUCCGUUUUCCCCGGGGGAUCAGAAUACCUUCAGGUCGACCUGCACAAACUGCACUUCCUGGCUCUGGUUGGUACCCAGGGUCGCCAUGCCGACGGGCACGGGCAGGAGUUCGCCCGCAGUUAUCGGCUCCGCUACUCACGAGACGGAGUGAAAUGGAUCACCUGGAAGGACCGCUGGGGCCGGGAGGUGGUGUCGGGGAAUGAGAACACCUACGAUGUUGUCCUGAAGGACCUGGGCCCCCCCAUAGUGGCCCGCAUGGUGCGCUUCUACCCCCUCGCUGACCGGGUCAUGAGUGUUUGCCUCCGGGUGGAGCUCUACGGUUGUCUGUGGAACGAUGGUUUGAAGGCUUACACGGUUCCAGUGGGUCACGUCAUGCACCUCUCUGGCUUGCCUGUCUAUCUGAAUGACUCCACCUAUGAUGGGAGCACCGAGCAAGGGAUGCAGUUCGGAGGCCUGGGUCAGCUGUGCGACGGCGUCCUGGGAGGAGACGACUUCAUGCAGACUAAAGAGCUGAGGGUUUGGCCCGGGUACGACUACCUGGGCUGGAGCCGGGAAGCCCUCGGGCAGGGCAGCGUGGAUAUCGAGUUCGACUUUGAGAAGCCACGCGUGUUCCACAACAUGCAGGUGCAUAGUAACAACCGCCACACUCAGGGCGUGCGGGUCUUCAGCAAAGUGGAGUGUCUCUUUAAGCCCAGCAUCCUGCAGCCCUGGUCCCCUGCUCUCACGCUGCCCGUGCCCCUGGAGGAUCUGAAGGAUCCGUCCUCACGACCCCUCACCCUCCCGCUAGGCGGCCGGCCCGCUCAGAUCCUCCGCUGCAAAUUCUACUUUGCUGAUCGAUGGCUGCUCAUCAGCGAGAUAUCCUUCCUCUCUGAGCGGUUUGACGUGGAUGUCACAGAGACGGAUUCAUUUACUCCGCAUCUUCCCAAGAUUCCUUCCACCAGUUCCUCUGCUCCUCCUGUCAACCUCACCUCCUCCUCUCCCACGUCGAACUCCUCCAACUCCACCUCCGAUGCGUCCGAACCCCCUCCCACCAACAUGACGGACACCACCGGUAACUGGACGCUGUCAGAAUUUGGUGGUAACACUCCCAGGGCGGGACUUCCUGUGGCCAAAGAUGACGGCAGUAAUACCGCUAUUCUGAUUGGCUGCUUGGUGGGCAUCAUCCUGCUGCUACUGGCCGUGAUCGCUGUCAUUCUGUGGAGGCAGUACUGGAAAAAGAUCCUGGGCAAGGCGCAGGGCAGUCUGUCCAGUGACGAGCUGCGGGUUCACCUGUCAGUUCCCUUGGACAACGUGGUGAUCAACAACACACACAGCUACUCGAGCCGCUACCAGCGCAUACACACCUUCCCAGACGACCGCGACCACGACCGAGAGGCAGAGGGAGAAUACCAGGAGCCCAGCGCCCUGCUGCGGCCGCGGGACUACAGGGAGAGCACAGUCUUGCUGUUAAACAACCCAGCCUGUCACCUGCUCCUGUCAGAUCACAGGAAAGGCUGCAGACCUGUCCCCAACACCAGUCAGGCUCAGGAAAAGAGCCUCAAUGUGCCCCAGGCCUGUGGUUUGGACAUGGACAUGGAGAAGGGUUUCCCCCCGACUCAGGAGGAGCCUCCUCCCUACCCUGGAUCCCCUCCUUACCCCUCCCUGUCUCCCCCCGUGUCUCCUCCACUGCCUCCCAGCGUUCCUCAUUACGCCGAGGCGGACAUCGUGAAUCUGCAGGGCGUCAGCGGCAACAACACCUACGCCGUGCCCGCCUUGACCUCCUCCAGCCCCGGGGCCGACUCCUCCCCGCUGCCCGAGCUGCCCCGCCAGUUCCUCAUCUUCAAGGAGAAGCUGGGAGAAGGACAGUUCGGAGAGGUGCACCUGUGUGAGAUCGAAAACCCUCAGGACUUUCCCAACCUGGAGUUCCCCUUCAACGUGAGGAAGGGUCGCCCUCUGCUGGUGGCCGUGAAGAUCCUGCGUCCCGACGCCUCCAAGAACGCCAGAAACGACUUCCUGAAAGAGGUGAAGAUCCUGUCUCGCCUGAAGGACCCGAACAUCAUCCGGCUGCUGGGAGUGUGUGUGAGCAGUGACCCGCUCUACAUGGUCACUGAGUACAUGGAGUGUGGAGACCUGAACCAGUAUCUGUCCCACCGGGUGCUUCUGGACAAGACGGGGCCUACACACAAUACACCCACCAUCAGUUACCCAGCCCUCAUCUCCAUGGCGAGCCAGAUCGCGUCAGGAAUGAAGUUCCUCGCCUCCCUGAACUUUGUGCACCGGGAUCUGGCCACCAGAAACAGUCUGGUCGGUGGGGAGAAGGGUGAGAGCGGGGACGAUCGGGGGGGAGAGCGCCACAUCAAGAUCGCCGACUUUGGCAUGAGCAGGAACCUUUACGCCGGAGACUACUACAGGAUCCAGGGCCGGGCCGUGCUGCCCAUACGCUGGAUGGCCUGGGAGUGUAUACUCAUGGGUAAGUUCACCACAGCCAGCGACGUGUGGGCGUUCGGGGUGACGCUGUGGGAGAUGCUGAGCGUUUGUCAGGAGCAGCCGUACUCCAACCUCACCGACGAGCAGGUGAUCGACAACGCCGGGGAGUUCUUCAGAGACCAGGGCCGGCAGGUAUACCUGAGCAAGCCGGCGGUGUGUCCUCAGGGUCUCUACGAGCUCAUGUUGAGCUGCUGGAACAGAGACUGCAAACUCCGCCCAUCCUUCGCCGACAUCCACUCCUUCCUCACCGAGGACGCCAUGAACAUGGUGUAGAGAGAGCACCGCGGGCUGCAGUGGGAGGGGGUGGUGGAGGCAGAGUGGGUUGCUCGCUUUUAAUAUUUGUACUUUUGUGGGUGGAUGGGGCUGAGACGCCGCUGGUUCGGUUUAUUUCCACAUCAGACCCCCAACCCCAAGCUCAAAAUUAGCUUUGGCUUUGGAUUAGUAACGUUCCAAGCUAUAUUUCUCUGGUGGUGGGUGCCGUCUGCAUAGGAACUCUUUCUCUUCUCAGAUACUUUAACAUAAAGCAGGGUGUGUGUGCCUGGUGAUUAAGUGCUGUAGAGUUAAUGAAACAGGAAGCUGUAGAUGCUAAAUUACUCCAAAUACUACAACCAUAGCAAGCUAGGACAACCGUGAAUAAAGUUUCACGAGUUAUAUUUUAUCUUGAACAUGCAGGGUGACAGGUAGAAGUGCACACCUAUAGUUGGGACAUGAAAGUGAAGACAUAGGACUUGUCUUAGUAUGUAUGGUAUACUUUACUCAUUUCAGUCUAAAUCAGUAACAUAUCUCAAGGCCUCAGCCCCUUUUGCCCAUCUGAGACACAAUAAAUGACGACCCACUGGCUGAACAUGAGAUUUAUGAGAUCUCACCAUGUCUUUGACUCUUGUGACUCCAAAGAUGUUCUGGACUAAUAUGAAAUGAUGUGGACCUGACACCAGCAGCCCCCCCUUUCUAAAAUGGGAUAAAGUCAAGUUUGCUCCCCUGAUUUUAGUCAUAGAGAACUCAAUCUGGGCAACAGGACUGAUACCCUGGUGCCAAAUGGACGAAGGUACAGAAGAGCAGGGUCUGCUGCUGGCGCUGCUGAGACGAGGCCCAGAAGCUUGGACCGCAGAGAGACGAUACUGUCAGCCGGAGCAGCGUAGAGACAUCUCCUGAUCCUCCUGCUCCGGUGUUUUUUGGCAAUAUUUGUGGCUGCGACCCAGACACAAAAGAUAAAUGUAAAAUUCCACAACCAGCUGCACUUUAAAUCCCACAUGCAUAUCCCCGGCCGUGAGGAAACUCUCUUCUAUGAGUGGCCCGAUAUGAUUCCUGUCGAUGUGGAUUCUGAUGCAUUUCACCUGCAGUGAUUUCCCUAAGGGAGAGUAACAUUCAGGACACUCUGCCUUGUUAAAUCCCCCCUCCCCCCCUCCCCUACAAGGCAUUGCCAAACCAUGAGAUGUAAAAUAUUAUUUAAAAAGUGGAAUGGCAGCGUGGAUUCAUCUCAUUUUAAAUGUAUGAAAGCCUUUUAUACGGCGCGUUGAGACCUUUUUUACUCCUCGAAUAAUCAACCUCUGCUCAUCCAAAUGCAUUACUGUACUCACACAGUUUCUACUCAAACUGGGAAUUAUGGGAAAUCAGAUUUUUCUUUAGUGUGAAUGUCAACAUCAACCUCCGGAUAAGUACAUUAAGCUGCAGUAGAAUCAAUGGUAUCUACCUUACUGAUUGUUAAGCACUGUAAAUCAGUCCUGAGAUCAUCCAGUAAAACAUGUUUACUGACCGUGAAUGCUUGUGCCAUUUGAGUGAUUUUUGAUACACUGUAGUUCAACUAAACCAAUAUUUUUAUAUAUACUGUAUGUACUUGGACACUCCUUGAUGUCUGAUUUUUGUCCUUCUUGUUUCUUUCGAGGUUGAGCAUAAUAGUAUGUACAUAUUUUGAGUACAGAAUUGUAAUUUCCUUUACUAAUAUAUGGAAAACUCUGUUGAAUGUGGGGUCUUCUGUAUCUCUGUAGAACGCUUGCUACCUUGAUGCUAUUGUAAUUAAUCGUUGUCUAUUUUUGUAGAUGUUUUAAUAAAGUUAACCUUUUCAAAGAAAUUAA